GCUGGCGGGUUCUGGCGCCAAAACAGGAAGCCGAGGCGGAAGGUAAACAGAGCUGCGGACGCCUGUCCGUUUCCUUGUCGAUAUUUGGUAAACGGAAAGCUUCGGCGUCGCCAUGGACACACAGUCGUACCUGUCCGUAGCGCCCGGGGUCGGGAUGGAGGAGAACUACCUGUCCCUGGACGACAUCCUGCUCUCCCACGAGCGGCUGCCCGUCAGGACGGAGUGCGCGUUCCCGCGGCUCGGGUUCCUGGAGAAGUCCAGCGACACGACCGACCUGGUGGAGGGCACAAAGAUGGAGCUUCCUUUGUGGCUUGCCAAGGGUCUGUACGAGAGCAAGAGGAGAGUGCUGGCCGUUGAGCUGCCCAAGGUGUACAGGGAGGGCUGGAGGACGGUGUUCAGCGCAGACCCCAACAUCGUGGACCUGCACAAGAUGGGGCCGUACUACUACGGCCUCGGGUCACAGCUGCUCCACUUUGAAAGUCCAGAGACCCCGGACAUCGCGCAGACACUGCUGCAGACCUUCAUCAACCGCUUCAGGCGGACCAUGGACUCCUCCCAGAACGCCUACAACGAGGACACGUCUGCGCUGGUGGAGCGCCUGGACUGUCUGGAGAAGACUCUGUUCCGGUCGGGUCAGAGGGGCCUGAACAGUUUCCAGAGCUGGGAGAAGGGCCGGGCCUCGCAGAUCACCGCCUCCAGUCUGGUGCUCAACUACCGCAAGAGAAAGAUCACCGACGUCCAGUCGUAACCUCGGCCUCGCAGAGGCUGUUUACGUCACGCCGGCUCCGCCAGUAGCAUCAGACUCUUUCCCUAACCCUGGACCAGUUCAUCCUUCACACAUGAGCCACCACUUGGUCAAUGUUGGACAAUUACCUUGAGUGUGUAUUCAUAUUUAUUCUUCUAAAUUGUUUCCAUUAAAGAAUCAAUAAAUUCUGA